CAUUCCCCACGACACCUCUCUCUUCCUCUCGCUCUUGGUACUCUAUCAAUCAUCGUCAGUUGAGCCUCAGCUCGCGCACUCACGAGCCGCGGCUUCACUCACCACUCCCCAGUCGCCACGCCUCGGCCCGACGGGAUGGGAAGGGGAGCCCCAUCCUCCCAUCCGCCGCCAUGGCGCCGCCUCCUCCGCUACGCCCUCCUCUGCGCCCUCCUCCCCCCCUGGGGCACUUCCGAGGCUAAUGAACAACUUGCUGAGUUUCCACCAAGAGGCUGGAAUUCCUAUGAUUCCUUUUCAUGGAUAGUUGAUGAAAAUACAUACAUGCAAAAUGCGGAGAUCUUGGCAGAAAAAUUGCUCCCACAUGGAUAUGAGUUUGCAGUUAUUGAUUACCUCUGGUACCGAAAGUAUGUUCAUGGGGCAUACACAGAUUCAUAUGGAUUUGAUAACAUUGAUGAGUGGGGUCGGCCAUUUCCUGAUCUUCAAAGAUUUCCAUCAUCCAGAAUUGAUAAAGGGUUCAGUCAACUUGCGAACAAGGUGCAUGGAAUGGGCUUGAAAUUCGGAAUCCAUUUAAUGAAAGGGAUAAGUUUACAGGCUGUGAAUGGAAACACACCCAUAUUGGACAUUAAAACGGGAAAACCCUACGUAGAGGAUGGCCGGCAAUGGACAGCUCGUGAUAUAGGUCUUACACAUAGAACAUGUGCAUGGAUGCCACAUGGAUUUAUGAGUGUAAAUACUGAUAUUGGAGCUGGAAAGGCCUUCCUAAGAUCUCUUUAUCAACAGUACGCUGAUUGGGGUGUUGAUUUUGUGAAGGUUGAUUGUAUCUUCGGUACGGAUUACAGCCCAAAAGAAAUCAUAACUAUUUCAGAGCUCUUGGCAGAGCUUGACCGCCCCAUCAUCCUGUCCAUCUCACCAGGAACCGAAGUGACUCCAGCAUUAGCCAAAAACAUCAGUCAACAUGUUAACAUGUACAGGAUAACAGGGGAUGAUUGGGACAACUGGAAGGAUGUUAGUUCACAUUUUGACGUGUCUAGUUCCUUUGCUGCUGCAAAUAAAAUUGGGGCCAUAGGAUUACGAGGAAGAUCUUGGCCAGAUUUAGACAUGCUCCCAUUUGGCUGGCUUACAAAUGCAGGUGUCAAUCAGGGUCCACAUAGGCAAUGUGAACUUACAUCUGAUGAACAGAGAACACAGAUAGCACUUUGGUCAAUGGCUAAGUCUCCUCUAAUGUAUGGAGGAGAUUUGAGGCAUCUCGACAAUGACACGUUAAGCAUAAUAACAAAUCCUACAUUACUGAAAAUAAAUCACUACAGCAUAAAUAAUAUGGAGUUCCAUCAUGUGCACAGUGAAAGGACUUCCAAAGAAGACAAGCAUUCUAGUCGUUUCAUAUCCGAAGAUCUUGUACACGUACCAAAGAUUGAUGGUGUAUCUCUUGGUCUCACUGCCUGCAGUGAUGACAAAGCAAAUGGAUGGUAUAUGUUUUCACAACAUGGUAAAUCAGAUCAUAUAUGCAGGAACUAUGGGAUGCAGGAUGACAAAAAUAUCUCAUUUUGCCUGGGCAAAACAAUUCCUCUCCUGACAUCGGAUGAUAUAAUCGUACAUAAUGAAGAAUACCAAACAAAGUUUCACCUGGCAAAUAUGGACAGUGACGAUGCUUGUCUGGAUGCAUCUGGCAGUCAACGGAGGACAUCCUCAGAUAGCAAGUUUCCCAUGUUUUCAAGGUGCAGGUGGCAUGCUAUGCAGAUGUGGGAGCUGAAUGAGAAAGGAAACCUCAUUAGCAGUUACUCAAGAUUAUGUGCCACGGUGGAAUCCAACAAUAAAGGAGUUGUAACUACAGGAGCAGUAGCACGUGCAUGGAUAGCAACUGGGAGUAAAGGAGAAAUAUACCUGGCGUUCUUCAACCUUGACUCCAUGAGCAGGAAGAUAACCGCGAGAAUAUCAGACCUGGAAAAGGUUCUCGGGAGUACAUUCAUAAGAAAAGACACGUGCAGCUGCACUGAAGUUUGGAGCGGGAGGAAUUUCGGUCGUGUGGAGGAAGAGAUUUCAGCGGUAGUUAAAUCACAUGGUUCCAUGGUGUUUGAAAUUACAUGUUGAGGUAUCCCAUAAUUCUCCUAUUGCGCUUACUGAAGCAUGACAGGAUGGAAUAGAUAAGUAGGGAAAAGAGCCUUGAGCAUGUAUCAGGUAAAGCUACCAAAAUGAACAUCCUUUAAAAGGCUGGGGUUUCAGUUUAAAAUCUGGGGGUUGUGGGCUUUAAAUGAGGCCUAAAAGAACAAAAAAAAUUCCGGAAUACGGAGCUAUAUAUGCAACACCACUCACUAA